AAUAAAAACAAAGAAUGAUAUCCCAAACAUGACGACCUUUCAAGGUACAGACAAAACACAUUACCCAAGAAAGCUUCCAUAAAGGCUAAGCGGAAAGUGAACUCAAAACCGGAUUGAUUUCGAGCAAUCAAAUCCGAACCCAAAUAAGACGUGUCAAAUCUACCAUAUUUCGUUUUAGAUCUUCUCUACCGUUUCAUUUGACUUCGAUUACCACUUUCCCACUACUUCAAAAACAACAACAAACUACAACCUCUUUUGGUUCCUUUUUUUCCUGUCACUUCCCAUUCUAGUUUUGCUUCGCCGUCAUGUUUCUUAUAUUUUCAUGUCCAAUUUAAGAUUCCUCAUUCCACUCCAAAGGGCGUACGCUCUAAAGUGCUCCUUGAACUGAAUUGGCUGGUGUUAAACUUAUCUAGUUGAGUAAUCAUCAAUAAUUCCAUUUAAUGUGGUUCUCUGUAUGUUAGAGGUCUGGAAUAUGUUGAUAGCAGCCUUUGAGAGCAUGGAAUCGUUGAGUACCGAUAUUUUCUAUGACAUAUUGAGGCGUCUUGAUGGCCCAACUUUGGCCACUGCAGCAUGUGCAUGUGCGACAUUUUGUUCAAUCUCUAGAGAGGAGAGACUAUGGGAAACUGUUUGUUCUUCUAUGUGGCCUUCAACCAACAGAGAAGAUGUCAAAAGUUUGAUUUCAUCAAUUGGUGGAUUCAGAAAAUUCUAUGCAGAUUGUUUCCCGCUUAUUGUUAAUAAGGAAGUAAGAGAGUGUAAGUGGAAUCACUAUCUUGAGUACCCUGAAGAAUGGACUGAAGCUGAAUAUUAUGGUGACACAGAUGGACUUGAAAGUAUUUCACCAUUGGAUUUUGUUUCUAUUGUGGAUGUCAGGUAUAAAGAUAAAACAAUCUGCUCAAAAGUCUUGUGGGGUAUUCCUAAUGCAAAUGGAUCCAAUAGUUGGUUUCACAACUGCCCAUUUCGGAUUGAUCUUCUUACUUAUGCGGCUAGAGAUGAUGAUAAUGAAGGUGAGGUUACCCUUUCAGUUUCUGAUGGUCUUUCACCAAUUAUCUCUAUGGAAAAGGAAAGGAAAGAUGGAAAGCUGUGGAAGGAGCUCCGAGAUGGCCUCCGCCUUAGUUGGAUUGUCGUAAACAAGAAAGCUAAGCUGGCUGCUAAUCUUGCCAGCUGGAGUCCUCUUGGUGGUCAGAGGCAUUGGCCCACAGACAAGGAUUUUGUGAUAAGGUUUGGGUCUAUUCUUCCUGCCAAAGACAUCCUUCCAUGUCAAGUAGUAGAGUGCAUUCUUAGCAUGAAGUUCAGAGUCAUACACACUGAAGGCGAGGGUGUAGAGACAACUCUCAAAUUGACAGAGCUAAGCAUGCAGUUGGAAGAUAUGGAAGGUGCACAUGUUAAUGGAAGAAACAGUUUGCUUAUUCUUAAGGAAGCUCUAAGCUGCCGUCGAAGCAAAAACUACAGUGAAGUUCUUGAGUCCUGUCAUUUGUACUCGAAAGUGCAGAGUGAGUUAAAAAAGGAGAAGAUGAGAAAUGAAAGCAGGUUAGACAGACUUUGUAUCUUAAGCGGCAUUGCUGCUUUUGUUACUUUCUGGUAUUGCAUCUUGUAAAUGUAGGUACUGCUUUAAUUUAACACCUUACCAUAGAUGUUCUAACAAACUCUAAACCUUUUUUUUUUUUUUAAUAAUGUAAAGAUUCAAUUUGCUUCAAGUAAUGAAGAUGUUACCAUGUUUCUGAUCUAAUUCUCUUGCUGGUGUUAAAGAAAAUCUGUUUUACUAGCAGCCAACUUGUAUUGUCCUUGCUUAGUGGUUG